GCAUUCCACUGCCGUUUGCCCAACUUCUCCUGGCACUAGAUGGCGAUGUAUCAUACGCAAGUCAUUGCAACGCGAGAAGAACUGCACUGAAAUCAACAUGGCGUCGUGCAGCAGGGUUCAAGUGAUCUCACUCUACAGGAUGCUUAUGAAAGAGAGUAAAAAAUUCUCCUCCUAUAAUUACAGAACAUACGCACUUCGCAGAGUGAAAGAUGGCUUCAGGGAGAACCUUCAUGUUGACAACCCCAAAACACUGGAUAUGCUCAUAAAUCAAGCUAGAGAGAAUCUGGCGGUCAUUAAGAGACAGGUUUCCAUUGGCCAUCUGUAUUCUGCUCAGAGGACUAUUGUUGAAAAAGAGCCUCAAUUAUAAAUGUAAUGUAAUUCAGCAGCAAAAUGUCUGAGUUGUUAAUAACAAAUCUGUUUAUCCUACGAGCUGCACCACUAGUUGACCUUCUCUAAAAUUGUAUAUUAUAGUAUACUGUAAUUGUAUGUUUGUGUUAUAUUUUUUAAGAAUAUCUCUCGAAUAUGAUAAUCGCUGUAAAUAGAAAAAAAAGCAAAUAUCCUAUCUACAUUUAAGCAUGUAAACAUUUUACCUUCAAUAUGGUAGCAUGACUUAAUUAAAAUGUGUUCAUAAUGAUUAAGACAAAUGAUCAUGCAACUAAAAGGUCAAGUUCACUUUAUUGAACUAAAUUUCAGAUCGUUGCACCAAGUAAAUUCUUGGACUGUCAAGUAGUCUGAAUCCUUAAAAUGUAGUUCUGUCCCUCAUUAUUGUCCCAGUAUUCCCCAUGAUCAGUCCGACAAUACACUGCGAAAUGCACCGAUGAA